CUCUCUCUCUCACACACGCUCUCAUCCUGUCACACUCCUGAACUCCACACACACUUUCCCGAGCAGAACAAAGGCACCGGCCCAGUUCAACUUAGGUAAAGGAAAGAUGAGUUACUCCAGCGAGAUUUACAGCAGCUCCUAUCGGAAGAUUUUCGGAGAUGCCCCCCGGUCCGGUCGCAUUGGCCUGACUAGCAGCAGCCCGUCUCGCCUGCACUCUGCGGGAUACCGCAGCAGCCACCGCACCUAUGGUUCCCCCUCCGUGAGCUCCUCUACCACCUACCGCAGGACAGCGGCCCCCGGCCGCGUCUUCUCCUCCAUGCCGGACUCCGCGAUGGACCUGACCCAGUCCACUGCGGUCACCAACGAGCUCAAGAUCAUCCGCACCAACGAGAAGGAACAGCUGCAGGGCCUCAACGACCGCUUCGUGUCCUUCAUUGAGAAAGUGCACAACCUAGAGCAGCAAAAUAAAAUCCUGGAGGCCGAGGUUACGCUGCUGCGCCAGCGUAACAGUGAGCCCUCGCGCCUGCACGAGCUGUACGAACAGGAGAUCCGCGAGCUGCGAGCUCGCGUGGAGGAGCUGACUCACGAGAAGAGCCAGAUGCACCUAGACUGCGUGCAGAUGAACGACACGCUGGAGCGCAUGAAGGAAAAGUUCGAGGAAGAGAGCAGGUUGCGGGAGGAGGCGGAGAACGCCCUGAAGGGCUACCGGAAGGACGUGGACGACGCAACCCUGGCGCGCCUGGAGUUGGAAAAGAAAGUGGAGUCGCUGCUGGAUGAGAUCGCUUUCCUCAGGAAAGUUCAUGAGGAGGAGCUGCAGGAGCUUCAGGAGUCACUGCAGGCCACACAGGUGUCAGUGGAAAUGGAUGUAAGCAAACCAGACCUGGCUGCAGCCCUGAAGGACAUCCGGGCUCAGUAUGAGAGCCUGUCAGCUAGGAACCAGGUCCAGGCAGAGGAAUGGUACCGCUCCAAGUUUGCCAGUGUGACUGAGGCUGCUGCCCGCAACCAGGACGCCAUCAAGCACUCCAAGGAGGAGCUGAGUGAAUACCGCAGACAGGUGCAGGCCCGCACCCUGGAGAUUGAGGCCCUCAGGGGCCACAAUGAAGCUCUGGAGAGGCAGAUUGCAGAGAUGGAAGAUCGCCAUAACAAUGAAAUUGGAGAGAUGCAGGAUACCAUUCAGCAGCUGGAGGCUGCCCUGCGUAGCACCAAAGGAGAAAUGUCUCGUCAUCUGCGUGAAUACCAGGACCUACUGAACGUUAAGAUGGCGCUGGAUAUUGAGAUUGCCGCCUACAGGAAGCUGCUGGAAGGCGAGGAGUGCCGUCUCAGCUCGGUCGGCGGCGCCAUGGUCCAGUCUGGCUACCCGGGCUUUUCUUACAUGUCCGCCCGCAGCUACACUCUAGGCGCCUACAGGAAGUUUGGAGCCAAGCCUGAAGAGGAGGAGCAAGAGGAGGCGGAAGAAGAGGAAAAGGAAGAGGAAGAGGAGGGAGAGGAGGAGGGUGAGGAGGGAGAAGAAGGCGAGGAGGGAGAGGAGGAGGGUGAGGAGGGAGAAGAAGGUGAGGAGGGAGAGGGUGAGGAGGAGGAAGAGGAGGAGGAGGAGGUGGAGGAGAAGCCAAAAGAGAAGGAGGAGAAGAAGAAGGAGAGUCCCACUGGGAAGAACAGCAAGAGCUAAAUUGCUUGUAUCAUUACUGUCGUCGUCAUCAAUAACGCAUUCCACAAUCAGUCACCAAUGGAUUUGUUCAUGUUCACAUCAUCUCACACACACACAUCUGCACACUCCAGAUGCCUCACACCUUCUGUGUUUUUCUGUCUCUGUUUGCUCUGUAAGUGAUUAGUUCAGUCUUUAUUAGAUGGAGAAAGAGCUUUAGAAAGGACUAGCUAGUACUACAGUGGCAAAAGAGUUCAAAUCACUUCUGUAAUCUGCUGAGGCACUCUUUAUGUCGCAGAAGUGCAGAGAAAAGCGCAGAAAGCUAGCACGAUGCCACCAAGUUUCACAAGUUUGAAAAGGGAAGAUUCCCUCCCUGAACGAGCAACAACAAACGUGCCAUCAGUGAUUAAUAUUCACAGUAAGAGCAAUCAAAAUCUGUCAGCACACAGACUCUGAAGAUAAACGCACAGAUCCUGGAGCAUGUGAAAGAGCCGGUCCAACUUUACGGUGCUAUUUGAUUUUUACAUAUAAAAGUUGGUGAUUCCUGUAAGCUAAAGAUUUUAUCGUAGAACGAAGCAUCACCAGCUCAUUCCUGAAUGUCAGCCUGUUAAGCAGGAAAGCUUCUGUCCCAGAUGGAAGUCCCAACCCCGCAUUUCACACAGCAGGCGAAUGCUUCCUCUCCCUUUCAGUAGUCUCUGCUUAGUUCUUCAUUUCACCCCCCCACCCCUUUUUUUUUAAACUGCAGCAUCAUAUCACAGCAAUACUGGCAACCCUGGAGCUCAGAAAAAAAAUGUAAAUGCAAACAUAUUGGAAGAGUGGGUGGUUUGUUCAGUUGUUGGAAAGGGUGAUUGCAAGAGUCACUGGGUAUGAAAAUGUAGAGUUUAAAUUGCUGCUGUAUAUAUUUUGGGAAUAUAAAAAUGUCCCCCUCCCUUUGAUUGAAUCAUUUGUCAUAUACUUGAUCUCACACAUCAGCCUGUUUUCUUUCCCCCCUCACAUAAACACGGUGGUGCUUUGGUUUCAUGUAGCUGAAACGGGAAACAAGGUGAAGGUGAGCGUAGCUGCUAGUAGGAGGCAGGUGUUGGUGACACGGACGGUCCUCAGCAAAGACUGUAAGUGUCUGUUUGGAUGGAUGCUGCUGAGUUCAUGGUUAAAUGUAUACAGAGUCACAUAAAAGGGCUAUUUUCCCCACAACCCCUCACCUUGUUUUUAAAUCACAGUUCUUCAUCAGGUCUCUCCCUUGCUUUUAGUUUUUCUGACAAAUGAAUCAACCAACGGGUUUGAAUGCAUGGCCUGAUUCUCAGAGCUUGAAUUUCUGCUGGAUGAGUAGAUUUGUUGCUUGUUGUGUGUUCAAUUAAAAAAAAUUGCCUUAACCAUCAAUGAAAGUCAAAAUAAAACAUAUUUCACCUGCAUCUCACUUGUUUCUGGGGAAGUAGAGGAGUGCUGACACUUUCCAGACCAUUCUGCUUUACAACUGUGACCGUGCUUGCUGCUCUCUCAUGCAGUGAUAUUCCUCUCAAAGCCAAAUAAAGACCUUUAUUAACCAAA